AUGUCGGGCUUUAUUGAUCAUAGGAGUCGUAGCCAGGAUCUUUUCAAUGCUAUGGGAUCUAUGUAUGCUGCAACUCUCUUCCUUGGUGUACAAAAUUCAUCAUCGGUCCAGCCUGUUGUAGCUGUUGAGCGUACUGUAUUUUGCAGAGAAAGAGCUGCUAGAAUGUAUUCUGCUAUACCUUAUGCCUUUGGACAGGUUGUAAUUGAAAUACCUUAUGUAUUUGUACAAGCUGCUUUCUAUGGUAUCAUUGUGUAUGCAAUGAUUGGAUUUGAAUGGACCACUGCCAAGUUCUUUUGGUACUUCUUCAUCAUGUAUUUCACUCUCUUGUACUUCACCUUCUAUAGCAUGAUGACUAUGGCUGUUACCCCAAAUCAAAAUGUUGCUUCUAUUGUUGCGGCCUUCUUCUAUGCAGUAUGGAAUCUCUUAUCAGGAUUCAUCGAUGCACGACCUAAACAGCAUAUUCCAAUACGGUGGAGAUGGUACUACUGGGCUUGCCCUGUUGCAUGGACCUUAUAUGGUCUUGUUGCAUCACAGUUCGGAGACCUCCAAAAUAAGCUUAGUGAUGAUGAAAAUGUGCAACAAUUCUUGGGGCGUUAUUUUGGAUUCGAGCAUGAUUUUCUUGGAGUAGUUGCAGCAAUUAUUGUUGCAUGGCCUGUUAUUUUCGCGUUCAUGUUUGCAUUGGCCAUCAAGGCAUUCAACUUCCAGAAAAGAUAAGAGAACUUAUGAGAAAGAAUUACAGUUCACUACUUGAAGAUUGUUUCUUGUAACCUUCUUUUGCUGUUUAUAUUCUUUUGUUUUUUCCUUAAUCCCAAGUUUUGUAGCAGAAGCAAAAUAAUUGUAAAUGAUAAAUGAAAAUAUGUUUGGAUUUAUUUUCUUCUUACCUUCCUCCACAA